UCUGUCAGCCAACUUAACAUCAACAUGUUUCUGUUGAAUCAUUGCAUCUGUGCCGGCCUCAUGCUGUCCCUGCCUCAGUGUACGUAUCAGUCAUGCACAGAUGGGAAACCCAAAGAGUGCCUAGAUGCAGAUUUUGCUCCAGGUUCCAAUUUGGCCGGGGAAGGCUUCGAUAUCACGAAAAUGGAACGUAAAGGAGCCUAUGUGCUCGAUAUGAAUCGGUGGAAACGAAAGAAGAAAACAUGCACCCUGUGUACCAACCCCUACCUGGAGAACAAAAAGCAAAAGCUCCCCUUGUCAGUAGUGGACUGGAGGUCAAAGCAGUCCUGCAGUGCAAACGUGGCAACCUCGCUUCACCGAUCCAGUGAGUCUCUAGUCACUUCCAGCACAUCUUCAGUUGAAAACGACUGGAAGGUCGGUCUAGAGGUAAAUGAGGGUGAUAAAGGCGGUAAAUUCAUGUUGGCUGGCAGUGACUCUAAACUGGCCGAAUACUCAAUGGGGAAAACAAAGAAUGACAAGUUCAGUUUCACAACCCAAAGCAUGUCCUGUGAGUACUACAGCUAUCGGGUGUCCAAGACUCCCAAGUUACACAUAGAAUUUAAAAAAGCAUUGAAAAGGCUCCCCAAAACCUACUGCCCUGAGAACAAGCAACAGUUUUAUAAACUGAUUAACGACUUUGGGACCCAUUACAUCACCAAGGUGAAAUUGGGAGGAGGUGUUCAAUCUGUGACCAGCAUCAGGCAGUGCCAGGCCAGCCUGGAGGGCCUCAGUGCGAAUGAGGUGGGAAUGUGCCUGGGAGUUGAGGCGUCUGCUACCUACAAAGCGACAAUAACUGCUGAAACAAAACACUGCAAGAAGGACAUUGAGAAGACAGACAGUAAGUCAGCGUUCUCCAGCCUCUUCAACGACAGGUUCACACAAAUAACGGGGGGCCAUACUACGGAGCCAGACCUUCUCUUCUCUUCUGAUAAAAAUCCAUCAGCCUACAAGGAAUGGCUGACCACAUUACCACUCAAUCCAGACAUCAUCUCAUAUUCUCUGGACUCUCUGCACGACUUACUGCCUGCCAAAAACCCUGCUCGGAAGAACCUGCGAUCAGCCAUUAGCCAUUACAUCCUGGAGAAAGGCCUGUUGAGGAACUGCAGCAGCCGCUGUCAGGCCGGCAUCAAGACCGACUCGAGGGAUCCCUGCGUCUGCCAAUGCCAUAAUAACCCUGGUGUAACCCCAGACUGCUGUCCGGCCCGUAGGGGCAUGGCACGUGUCAUCAUAACUGUAAAAAGGGCGACCGGUCUUUGGGGAGACACCACAAGUUCCACAGACGGCUAUGUGAAAGUGCUCUUCAACAAGGAGAAGGAGAGGCGUACUCCUGUCAUUAACAACAACAACAACCCACACUGGAACAUGAUCUUCGACCUGGGCAGCCAGGAUUUGUCAGCGGGAAAUAAAGUGAGAUUUGAAGUCUGGGAUCAGGACAGCGGCUGGGACGACGACUUUCUGGGAGGCUGUGACCAAAGUCUGUUUAGUGGGGUGAAAGAGGAUGUCUGUACUCUGAAUAACGGCCAGUUUUUCUUCAAAGUGGAGGUGAAAUGUGCUCCAAGUCUGAGCGGACAGUUAUGCAAGGACUAUAAACCUUCGCCUAUGAGCCAGAGUCUAAAGAAGAUGUAUGUGUCGCGUCACGCCCACCCUAUUCCAAAGGAAAUGCUGUUAGAGAUGGGCGUGUUUGUGAAUGGAACAAGCUCACAGAGAAAAAUGAGUCUUACUUCUGAGAGAAAAAAGUAUGAUAUGUUAUAAUACCUGUAUUUGGCUUUACUGAGGUUUACAUUCAAGGUAUUACCAUCAUUAUGGCAGCAUUUACAGUUAAAAUGCAUUAUCAUCACUGUUACCCCUCAUGAAAUCCCUACUGAGCAAAAAAGAUGAGUGGUACAUCUCUUAGAGAAGAUGUGACACAUUUCUUGAUGAAGUGGCUCCAAUUCAGGACACUUUGCUUUAUAUUGUGUAUGUUCAAUUUUUAUUUCAGUUAAAUCUAUAUUAAGGUCUUCAUGGAUUUAAAGUAAAGUUUGCGUUUUGAGUUUUAGAUACACAAGAUCAUCUAAAAGUUUCUGCAGUUGUUGAAAAGGUUACUGUGAUUCAAUGCAGCUUUUACAAAUGUAUUUUUUGGCUUAUUUUUUACGCUGUUUUCACGAGCAAGGAACACACCACCAAUGAGAUACGUUUGACAAAUUUACUAACAAGAUUUGAAUGAAUCGUUUGUGCUCUUGAUGCGGUGUGGGGAGGCCGUAUGAAGGAUCCG